AUGGGCAGAGGCGAAAAUGCUGUAACACGCGAUGUGGCAGACAUACUAGCAGGGAAAGCCCUUUUUUUUUCGUUUUGUUCCCUUUUUCUUUCUCUGGCUCUGCGGGUUUCCAUGGGAGGCUCUGAUACCUUUUUUUUUUUUUUUUUUUUUGCAUAA